AUGAUAAGACUUACAAGAUUUCAACAGGUUUUAGCCUUGUUGAUUGUAAUACUUAUAGCUUUCAAUGGAACAAUUAUGUAUCAAACCUCGAAUAGGAGGCCAUCAUUACCAGCCAUUAAAUCUUCUGUCAAAUCUAUUGAAGAUUUGUCUAAUGAUGAAAUCGCUGAUUCUAUGACUUCCAAUGAUGGAUUUGUCGGUAGGAAAGCUAAAUUAUUAAGAGAAGCUAUUCAACAGAUUAAAGAAGAACAUCAAGAUAGUGUUAUUGCACAGAUGAAGAAAGAUUUGCUUGACAAGAAUGAAAAGAUUUGGACUAAAGAAAUCAAAGAGUCGUUGGUGGAUGAGUACACCAAAUCAAUUUUCAGACAAGAUGAUAUAUCUCAUGCUUUGAUGGAGGAUUUGAAGUUACAAUAUCUCAAAGCUAACGAGAAUGUUUUAAAGUCUUAUAUUUCCAAAGACAUUUUCGAUUCACUUCGGGAACUUCCUGAUUUCAAGGAUCAUAUCAAUGAAGAAGUAAUAGAUUAUGUGGUGAGCCAGGUGAAUAUUGGUCGUGAUACCAAUUUCUUUUCCUAUAUUAAGGAAGAAGUAUUGAAUAAGUUCAAUCCUAGAAUAACGUUGUCAGGUCAAGAAAUCGGUAGUUCGUUUGGUACUUUCAGUAUUAGGGAACCAAAACUUCUCACUAGAAAUAACUUACUUACUCUCAAGGUAAAUUUGGAUGAAGAGAAAUUCAAAACUGUCCAGUCACAGCACGAUCAAGUGGUGAAACUUUUGAAUAAUUACAAGUUUGUCGAUAAUUUUUAUAGUGGUCAAGGGAUAGUUAUCAAUGCUAAUGAUGAAUCUUUAGGUGCCGCAUUACUUAAUGUUAUUCAAAUUCGUGAUUUGGGGUCAACUUUACCCGUUGAAAUCAUUGUUAAUGAUGAUACCUCCAAUCAUUUAUGUAAACAAAUUUUCCCCAAGUAUAAUGCGGUUUGUAAGUCGAUUAACUCGUUGAUAAAGACUGAAGAUUACCCCAAAAAUCCUUUUUUCAUGAAAGUUUUGGGUAUAAUUGUUUCUUCAUUCGAUACAGUCAUUGCUCUUGACUCAGAUAAUAUUCCAGUUAAAAAUGUUGAUGAUUUGCUCUAUGCCAGAGAUUUUUUGACUACCGAAUUCGUUAUUUGGAGUGAUAUCUGGCACAAAACUACUUCACCCUUGUAUUAUGAUAUUGCUAGGUAUGAUGUAGGAGAGCUUGUUAGAAGAGAUGGAAUUGGUAACGAUAAAUCUUUCCAGGAUUAUUUGAGUGAUCCUGAAGGUGGCAAUUUCCACGACAAAGAUGGUGUUCCCUCAGCUAGAACAUCGGAAUCGGGACAAUUAUUAGUCACCAAAUCCAAACACAUCAGAUCUUUAAUUUUAGCUUUGUAUUAUAACCUUUAUGGUCCCGAUUUAUACUACCAUUUAUUAUACCAAGGGGGUCCAGGUAAAGGUGAUAAGGAAACUUUCAUACCUGCUUUGGAAGUGUUUGACGAACCAUACCAUCUUGUUGAAACGGUUCCUGAGUUAAUGGGCUUCAAAUCAGGACCAAAUGCCGAUGGUGAAUUUGUUGAAACUACUUUGGUUCAAUACCACCCAACAGAAUCCAAGUUCUAUCAAAGAGAUUGGAAGAGUUUCUUACUGGAGAAGAAGAAAGAUACUAGGUUAUCGAUGUCUAUGAAAGACAAGUUCACCAAAGAUCUCUUCGAACAGUUCAAAAAGAAAAAAACGAGCCCUCCAACCCCUUUCUUCUUACACAUUCAUCAACCUAAACUCAACCCCUUCCAGGGAGAAAGAGAACUCAAACGUAAUUUGGGUAAACAUAAUGAUUACAAAUCAAUUGUAGGUGAUGAUGAUUGGGAAUUAAAAUUCAAUUCUAUUUCCAGGUUCAUAGUAUGUGAUUUGGUCACUAACGAGGAAUUCUGGACUAAAUUAGGGAAAUCUCAGAAAGAUGUAUGUGAAAAUAGCAAAAAGCUUGUUGAAUAUUUAGAGAAUACUUCAAGUAAAAAGGAUAUGGGAUAUCAUCCAUAA